UAAAGUGCCUACAAUAGAAAGUCUUUCUCUUGUGUUUGUUUUUCCAGAAGACCAUCAGGAAUAUGUUGGAAAAGAGGAGGUUUUCUUGGAGCAGCGGUUCUCUGAACAGGAGAGGAAUUCCAGGUUGGAACAAGAGGAACCAGAACCUCUGCAGAUAAAAGAAGAGCAGCUAAAGCAAGAAGAUCCCUGGACAAAAGAGGAGACCAUGGAGAUCCCCAUAAGUGAGCAGGAGGAGCAGCUGGUUCUAAAGAAAGAGGAUGGAGAAAUAGAAGAGAAACCUUUCCCAUGUUUGACAUGUGGAGAAAGUUUUCUAAAAAAACUACAUUUAAAGGUUCACAUGAGAACUCACACAGGUCAGAAGAUUUAUGAAUGUCAGUACUGUGGAAAAAGCUUCAUUGAUAAAAGUGGUUUUGAUAGACAUAUGAGAUGUCAUACGGGUGAGAAGCCAUUCUCCUGUACGAUUUGUGGAGAAAGGUUUACUCGAAACGCUCAUGUGACUACACACAUGAUAACUCACACAGGUGAGAAGCCUUUCAAAUGUCUGUACUGUGGGAAAGGCUUCAUUCAGAAAUUUGACUUUAAAAGACAUUGCAGACUUCACACAGGUGAUAAGCCUUUCGAAUGUCCGUCCUGUGGAAAACGCUUCGUUGAUAAAAAGGGUUUUAAUAAACACCUCAGCAUACACACAGGUGAGAAGCCUUUCAAAUGUCAGUCCUGCGGAAAAAGCUUCAUUGAUAAAAGUGCUUAUAAUAGACAUAUGAGAAUCCACAAUGGUGUGAGGCCAUUUUCCUGUACGAUUUGUGGACAAAGUUUUCGUCGAAAUUGUCAUGUGAUUAGACACAUGAGAACUCACACAGGCGAGAAGCCUUUCAAAUGUCUGUCCUGUGGGCAAAGCUUCAAAGAUAAAUGCACUCUUGAUAGACACACCCGACGCCACACGGGUGAGAAGCCUUUCAGUUGUCUGUCCUGUGGAAAAAGCUUCACUAGUAACAGCGAACUUACUAGACAUACCAGAAUUCACACAGGUGAAAAGCCUUUCCAGUGCGUGUCCUGUGGAAAACGCUUUAUUAAUAAACGCGAUAUGAUCAGACAUAUGAGAACUCACACAGGUGAGAAGCCGUUCUCCUGUAUGAUUUGUGGAAAAGCUUUUAAUCAAACAGGUUCUUUGUAUAAACAUAUUAAUAUUCACACAGUUGAGAGGCCAUUCUCCUGCACAAUUUGUGGAAAAGGUUUUACUGAAACAAGUCAUUUGUCUAGACACAUGAGAAAUCACACUGGUGACGAGCAAUUCUCCUGUAUGAUUUGUGGCGAAAGUUUCAGUAAAAAAAGUCUUAUGAAUAGACACAUGAGAAUUCACACAGGUGACAAGCCUUUCAAAUGUCUGUCCUGUGGAAAAAGCUUCACGUAUAAAAGCAGUCUUAAUACACACACAAGAGUUCACACAGGUGAGAAGCCUUUUGAAUGUCGGUCCUGUGAAAAAAGCUUUAGUGAUAAACGCGAUUUGAUUAGACAUAUAAGAACUCACACAGGCGAGAGGCCGUUCUCCUGUACGAUUUGUGGAAAAGGUUUUAGUGUAACAAGUAAUUUGACUAAACAUAUGAGAACUCACACAGGCGAGAAGCCCUUCUCCUGUGCGAUUUGCAGCAAAGGUUUUAAUCAAAAAAUUCAUUUGACUAGACACAUGGGAACUCACACGGGUUAGAAAGAUUUUCCAUACAUGGUGUGGAACGAUUUAUGUUCAAAUGAAAAAAAUUCGCACAAGAAGUCACAGAAGUUAGACGCCACAGGAAUGAAUAGAAGAGACCUUUUCCAUGUUUUACUCAUGAUAAAAUGUCCGUCUAGAACCUUCAUUACACAUGGAACUCAAAGGUUAAAGGUUACCUUCCCGCUAAGUUUAGAGAAAACCUUUUAUUAACAGUAGCAAUGUACUGUUUACAUGGAAAGUAGAACAGAUAAGGUGUAACAUUGUAAAGCUGUUAAAUAUUUAAACUAUGGAACACAAGUUUGGAGUAUAUGUUUCAGUGUUAAGCUGAAAUCCUUAAGACACUGAAAAUAGUUUGUUUGAUGGGCUAACCAUUAAAGUUGUUGCUGUUAUAUGGUUUAUAUUAUUGCUGAUCAGUUAGAACUUCCUUAAACUUGGUAAAAACCAUUUUGGCUUAAUAAUGUAUAACAUAAGACUUUCUAGAAGACUUAUGUUAUACAGAAGUAGAGCACAUCACCCCGGUUCUAAA